CCAGACUUCCGGGAGGUCUAGGAAGUCGCUUUUCUCUGGGUCGGAGGCGGGGUUCUCCUGGUGCGAUGCCGAUUGUGCGGAUGUAGUUGGGAAUCCUGCUGACAGGCACAGUGGAGUUGGGCGGGGCCCGGUGGCUGCAGGCCUACCAGGAGAGUCCCCUGAGGUCUGGCCGAGAGGUCAUCAUUCAUCCGUGUAGUGCCGCAGAGGAGCGAGGGCCCCUCGGGGGUCCUGGGUCUCCGAGCUCAGGCUUGCAGGGUACCAGCCUGCGCUAACCCUGGGCCGUCGCCAGCCUUUUCAGAACAGAGAACAUCAUUCUACUCUCACACGGUGGCCCAGGUGACCGCUCCCAUGGCUUUCCCCCAUCGGCUGGACGCCCCUGAGCUUCCUGACUUCUCUAUGCUCAAGAGGCUGGCUCGAGAUCAGCUCAUCUAUCUGCUGGAGCAGCUUCCUGGAAAGAAGGAUUUGUUCAUUGAGGCAGAUCUCAUGAGCCCUUUGGAUCGAAUUGCUAAUGUCUCCAUCCUAAAGCAACAUGAAGUAGACAAGCUGUACAAGGUGGAGAACAAGCCGGCCCUCAGCUCCAAUGAACAAUUGUGCUUCUUAGUCAGACCCCGCAUCAAGAAUAUGCGCUACAUUGCCAAUCUUGUCAAUGCUGACAAACUGGCAGGCCGAUUUAGAAAAUAUAAAGUCAUCUUAACUCCUCAGAAGUUUUAUGCCUGUGAGAUGGUGCUUGAGGAGGAGGGAGUCUAUGGAGAUGUGAGCUGUGAUGAAUGGGCCUUUUCUCUGCUGCCUCUCGAUGUGGAUCUGCUGAGCAUGGAACUGCCAGAAUUUUUCAGGGAUUACUUCCUGGAAGGUGACCAGCGUUGGAUCAACACUGUGGCUCAGGCCUUGCAUCUUCUCAGUACUCUCUAUGGACCCUUUCCUAACUGUUAUGGCAUUGGCAGAUGUGCCAAGAUGUCAUAUGAUCUGUGGAGGAAACUGGAGGAGGAAGAGGACAGUGAAACCAAAGGUCGAAGACCAGAGAUUGGACACAUCUUUCUCCUAGACAGAGACAUGGACUUUGUGACAGCACUUUGCUCCCAAGUGGUUUACGAGGGCUUGGUAGAUGACACUUUCCGAAUCAAGUGUGGGAGUGUCGACUUUGGCCCAGAAGUCACAUCCUCUGACAAGAGCCUGAAGGUGCUACUCAAUGCUGAGGACAAGGUGUUCAACGAGAUCAGAAAUGAGCACUUCUCCAAUGUCUUUGGCUUCUUGAGCCAGAAGGCCCGGAACUUGCAGGCCCAGUAUGAUCGCCGGAGAGGCAUGGACAUAAAGCAGAUGAAGAACUUCGUGUCCCAAGAACUCAAGGGACUAAAACAGGAGCAUCGCCUGCUGAGUCUCCAUAUUGGGGCCUGUGAAUCAAUCAUGAAGAAGAAAACUAAGCAGGACUUCCAGGAACUAAUCAAGACUGAGCAUGCGCUACUGGAGGGCUUCAACAUCCGAGAGAGCACCAGCUACAUCGAAGAACACAUAGACCGGCAGGUGUCACCAAUAGAAAGCCUUCGCCUCAUGUGUCUUUUGUCCAUCACUGAGAAUGGAUUGAUCCCAAAGGAUUACAGAUCCCUGAAAACACAGUAUCUGCAGAGCUAUGGCCCUGAGCACCUGCUAACCUUCUCCAAUCUGCGCCGAGCUGGACUUCUAACAGAGCAGGCUCCGGGGGACACCCUCACAGCAGUAGAGAAUAAAGUGAGCAAGCUGGUGACUGACAAGGCUGCAGAUACAAGGUGGAACCUAGCACAGAUUUCUUCCCCAGGAAAGAUCACUGACGCCUUCAGUUCUCUGGCCAAGAGGAGCAAUUUUCGUGCCAUCAGCAAAAAGCUGAAUUUGAUCCCACGUGUAGAUGGGGAGUAUGACCUGAAAGUCCCUCGAGACAUGGCUUAUGUCUUCAGUGGUGCCUAUGUGCCUCUGAGCUGCCGAAUCAUUGAGCAGGUGCUGGAGCGACGGAGCUGGCAGGGCCUGGAUGAAGUGGUACGGCUGCUAAACUGCAGUGAGUUUGCAUUCACAGACAUGGCUAAGGAAGACAAGGCUUCCAGCGAGUCCCUGCGCCUCAUUUUGGUGGUGUUCUUGGGGGGCUGUACAUUCUCAGAGAUAUCAGCCCUGCGGUUUCUGGGCAGAGAGAAAGGGUACAGAUUCAUCUUUCUGACAACAGCCAUUACAAACAGUGCUCGCCUCAUGGAAGCCAUGAGUGAGGUGAAAGCCUGAAGUUUUCUUGGCCAGUAUCUGAUUGUGGACCCCAGUGGGAUGCUGGUGUUUGACCUCCACCUGCUAGAAGAAUCCCUCAGCUAUACUUCUCGGAGCUAGGGACUUUGAAACUAAUUUGGGCUUUAGAGAACAUGUCUGAGGAGAGAAUUCAUGUUCUGUCCCCCAGGAUAUUAUUUUGUUUAUAAAUUUAGCCCAUGCUGCUAAGAUAUGCAGGGAGAGGUAUCCUUUGCUAAAUCCUAUUUGAAUAUUAUUGUAAAUAAAGCCUCUGUUCUCAAAUGCAA